GGAUGUGGAAGUGUGGUCUCCUCACACAUUUACAAGUGUGUAAAAUGUAGACGAUACAGAAGAACAACUGAGGUUCAACAAAUGGCAAAUCUACCAGAAGAGAGAAUUGAGAAAUCUCCCCCCUUUACUUAUUGUGGGCUUGAUUGUUUUGGCCCCUUUAUUGUGAAGGAAGGAAGGAGAGAGUUGAAACGACACGGAUUGUUAUUCACCUGCCUAUGUUCUAGAGCAGUUCACAUAGAAACCCUUGACGAUUUGACAACAGACGCAUUCAUAAAUGCACUUCGAUCAUUCAUAGCUAUUUGAGGACCCGUGCGCCAGCUAAGAUGUGAUAGAGGGACAAACUUUGUUGGUGCUAGAAAGGAGCUUUCUGAGUUGCUUGAAGGAAUGGAUCAAGACCGUACAAGGGCGCUUGGUUGUGAAUUUGUGCUGAAUGUCCCAUCAGCUAGUCAUAUGGGAGGAGUUUGGGAGCGCCAGAUUCGAACAAUCCGAAGCAUCCUGAUAACUAUGCUUGACAAGUCUGCCAGCAGACUUGACACCACAACUCUAAGAACGUUUCUGUAUGAAACAAUGGCCAUAAUCAACAGCAGGCCACUAAGUGUCGAGCAUCUUCACGAUCCUACUGGUCCUGAACCCCUCACUCCUAACCACAUUCUAACCAUGAAAUCAUCUGUAAUUCUGCCACCUCCUGGACAGUUCUGCAAAGAAGACCUCUAUCUGCACAAAAGGUGGAGAAGAGUGCAGUUUUUGGCCAAUGAAUUUUGGCAACGAUGGAAACGAGAAUACCUGCUAAACCUCCAACAACGACAGAAAUGGCAGAAGACGUCACGAAACUUGCAAGCAGAUGACAUUGUAAUAUUAAAGGAUGACAGUGCACCAAGAAACCGGUGGAAGCUUGCAAGGGUUGUGGAAGCCCUGCCCAGCACAGAUGGCAAGUUCUCACGGCGUAAAGGCGUAAUGGCGUAUCGGCGUACUGGUGAUGGUGAAGCUGAGGAGAGAAAGCUCAAGUAAUAAACGCCCGUUUCAAAGAACCGACCUGUGUCUGUGUUGUCGUGAAGAG